UCGUUUCCUUCCGUACAAAAUCUGGCCCCUUGGGGAUGAUGACCCCGUGGGAGAUAUAGAUAAAUAUAUAUAACUGUAUAUAAACGCGUUGUCUUUGCAAGAGUAAUAAAUGAAAGUAAGAAAGUAAAGGUAGCGAUCAUUAAGCAGUUAACGAGAAGGGGUCAAACAGUCCCUAGCGUACACCCGGCCCUGCCCAUACCAGUGUCCAGACUCCAGUAUCCACACCACCAUCACAACAACAACAAUAAGGCAAACAUUCAGCUGUAUGUGACUUACCUGUGUGGUUUGAUUAUAUGAACAUAUUUCAUAGGGCAAAAUGGGCCGCAGUUCUAAAGACAAGCGAGAUGUCUACUAUCGGUUGGCAAAGGAAGAAGGCUGGAGGGCGAGAAGUGCGUUCAAGUUGAUACAGAUUAAUGAAGAGUUCAAUAUUUUUGAAGGUGUGACUAGAGUGGUAGACUUGUGUGCUGCACCUGGAAGCUGGAGCCAAGUAUUAUCACGCACUCUAAGAGGUGCAGCAGCAGAUCCAUCUUCGGUAAAAAUUGUGGCUGUAGAUCUUCAAGCAAUGGCACCACUUCCAGGGGUUGUUCAGCUUCAGGGUGACAUAACAAAAACUAGUACAGCUGAGGCCAUCAUUGGUCAUUUUCAAGGUGACACUGCACAGCUAGUGGUGUGUGAUGGUGCACCAGAUGUGACGGGCCUUCAUGACCUUGAUGAAUAUGUGCAAGCUCAGUUGUUGCUGGCAGCCUUGAACAUAACCACCCAUGUCUUGACAAAAGGAGGAAUCUUUGUAGCCAAAAUUUUCCGGGGAAAAGAUGUCACAUUGCUUUAUUCUCAGCUUAAGAUUUUUUUCCGUCAUGUUACUGUGACAAAGCCUCGGUCUUCACGAAAUUCGAGUAUUGAGGCAUUUGUUGUUUGUGAAGAUUACUCUCCCCCUUCUGGUUACACCCCCACUAUGGUAAACCCACUGCUUGACUUAAGUUAUGAAGGUUCGUGGCAAGAGCUCGAGGGGGUCAACCGUGUAAUUGUACCAUUUCUGGCAUGUGGAGACUUGUUCGCAUAUGACUCAGACAUGACGUACCCUCUGCAGAUGAGUGAUGGACAGUCAUAUGAGUAUCGACCACCAACACAACCACCAAUCAACCCAGCAUACACCACUGCAGUUUCCAUGAAGCAUCAACACCAGCAGUCUUUAAACAAAUCUGCCACCUUAACCUCAAAAAGUGAAAGUAACUUGAGAAGAGGAAUGGAAGAUGACCAAAGCAAAAGUGAAAAUUUAGAUCCAGCAAGUAUAUCAGACAAUCAAUUUGAGACCAUAGAUACUUAUGCCAUACUGGAAGACUUGCAUAUUAGUGAUGCUCAGAGUUCACAUUCUUAAAGUUAAUGACUAAGUUUUAGAAUUUAAAGAGUAUCUUGAGAGGAAAAUUUUUAUUUUUUCUAAAUGAUGCCCUAUACUGUACUUUCAAGUGAGUUAUUUCCAGGCAAAAAAAAAUAGUUAAUGAAGUAUUUUGGGCCUCUGGUAUGUCAUUUUCAAAGAUAAUUUUACAUCUGGGUGAUAGUUAUAGAAAUAAAAGUAAUCCAAGGCAGCUAACAACUGCAUGUGGCAUAAUCGGUUUAGCUGAGGUUCUCUCAGAUUCACCAGAUUUAGUCAGAUUUCAUAGGUGGCAGAAGAGUUAUUAUGGCAUUGUUGAGUGCUGAUUGAUACAACCAGUGGCUCAGUGAGGCCUGCUUUCAGAGAACUGCUGCUGUACUAAGAUUCCCUUAUCUAAAGCAAACUGGACGGGAGGAGGGGGUAUAGUAUGUCUAGCGAAUUAACAUAUCAACCAUGGAAUGAUCGAAGGAGGCUUAAUCCAAUUAAAAUAAUUGUCUUUAUAAAGUGUCCCUGUACACUAUUACAAGAACCAGAAAAUAUAAGUUUGUGUACUACAAAAUCCACCUAGUAGCUAAUGAUCAGUUUUUAAAGAGGGAGCAGAUAUAUGAUUAAUAUGGAAAAUAUUUUUAGGCAAAUAGUACAGGGUACAUUUAAAAUGUAAUAAUAUUUGUUUAUCAGGAAUUUGUCAUAUAAAGUUGAUGAAUUAUUUUUUCCUGUCUCUAAAUUGAAACAGAGUAAUGCUGCUUAAGAUAAAACCGAGGCAGUUCAGGGAUAUUUUAAAAGAUUUAAUGUUAAUUUUGUAGUGAAAAAAAUUAGUUUUCCUUUUUAUGAAAAGUAAUAGUAUUGACUGAAAAAGGGGAGUCUGGAGGUGACUUUUAAAUACAGUAUGUUUAAUUUAAGGGGAGUUGUAAAUGGGGUGAAAAUCAUCGAGAAAAUAAAAACUUUAGAUUAGGCUUCACUUACAAGGAGUAGGAUGCUGCUGUAUUUUGGCAAAGUUACAUUGCUAUAUUGUUCAUAUUUGAUAUAAACAUAAUUGCCCUCUCUCUAUUUUGCCGAUGUGACGUCACCAAUCUCAAAAGAAAAGUCACCAAUCUCCCAGUAACAAAAAUAACUGAUCAAGUAAUAAAAUUACUGUAAUACAAAUACACAACCACUGCUAAAAUAUAACUCGUGUACAAAUAAUAAAACUACUGUACAUAAUUUUUAGGCUAUGGAAGGUGACGGGACAUAGCUUAA